AUGAUCAGGGCAAACGAUAUUUCAAUUACGCCGAUAGCUUUCACCGUUCGCUACAUAUUGCGCCAUAUUCAAACAGAUUACAACUGUGAAUGUGAUGCCCUCUCUAUUGUCAGUUUAUUUUACUGCUUCAUCUCAACCAAGAAACUCCCUGAUUCUCAAACUCGCCAAAAGCAAGCUGCAGCAAAUCACCCACAAGCAACAUACGCUUUUAAACCUACAAAACCGGCAACAUCUUCAGAGACCCUCGAGGACUAUAUCAGUAAAUCCUCACCAAGCCAAGCAGUCCCCGAUACCGGCAAAAUGUGCGAGCAAGUCAGAACAGUCCGCUGCUGCACCACCUGCAGACAGUACAAGAGCGAAAUCAUCCGCAACAUCAACUGCGACAAGGUCUCCAUCCACAAGCUCGGACUCUGCCGCAACGGGAUGAGCUACCGCAGCGUUACCGAACCGAUCGAGUGCAUUGAAUGCCACACCAAGCGCGUGCGAGAAGUCGAGGCGGAUAGAAGGAGGCGGUGGCUCGCGGCGUGGCCUGAGGCUGAGCCGGAGGUUGAGAACGAGAAAAAGGAUGAGGAGAAGGAGGAGAAAGAGGACGAUGGUGCUAGUGUGGCGACGGAUGAUAUGACGGUGAAUAGUGAGGAGUCCUGGAAUGUUGUUUGA